AUGCUGCCCUGGAGAAGGAAUAAGUUUGUUCUGGUGGAGGAUGAAGCCAAGAGUAAACCUAAGAGCCUGGGGACCGGGCUGACCUACCACUCCAUCCUCUCCUCUCUGCUGCGCUCCUGCCCUGAUUUGCUGCCCGACUGUCCCUUCGACUGGAUGGGCAGCAUUUUCCAUACCAAACGGCAAAAGGUGGAACUGAACAAAGAGGAGCCUGUUUACAAUGUACGCUACUUGGGGAGUGUGGUCACCAUCACGGCUAAGGGAGAUGGCUGCACCCAGGAGGCAGUUGCCAAGAUUUGGGCGCGGAGCAACUAUGGGGAGCAGAGUGUCAAGAUGAGGUUAACGGUGGGGCCCCAGGGCAUCCGGAUGAGUGCCGACAAAUCUGGGAAGAAGAAACCGAUUCAUCUUUACUCUCUGAACAGAAUCACCUACUGCACAGCUGACCCUUGUCGGCCCAAGAUCCUGGCCUGGAUCUACAGACACCAAGUCAAAAACAUGGCAGUGGUGCUUCGGUGUCACGCCGUUCUGGUUAGCAAGUCAGAGAAGGCCCAGGCCAUCGCCCACAGCCUCUACCAGAACGCCACCUCCGCCUUCAGCGAGUUCAAACGGCUGAAGCGUCAGAGUGAUUUCCGGCACUGCCAGCAGCAGCUGCUGGGCGAUGAAGCGGUGCCCCUGAUGCCACUGAGGAGGCUGCUGAACGGGCAGUGUCACUACAGACCGCCUGCCAACAACCCCGGGAGCGCCACCCGCCUCUGCUCCAUCACAGAGGAGGAGGAGGAGGAGGAGGAGGAUGAGGACAGCAAAGACGAGAAACAGGAGGUAGAGGAAUCAGAGGAGGAUGUAGAGGAGCAGCAGGAGAAACAGAAGGUUUUGACAACAAACACGGACCCAACACAGUUAUUAUCAGAGUUGGACAUUGGAGAUAUUGCCAGACUGGAGCAGUGCCAAAUCAACUUUGUCAGUGACAGCAACAACAACACGUUUACGUUUAUAACCUCUUUGGUGUGACUUUAACGUAGUUCAGAGAACGCGAUUCUGCAAUACUACAGUAACACAUUCCUCUCUUUGCCCUUCACCGGUACCCCACUCAGGCUCCCUCCUGCCCCAUCCAUGUAAUGUGAAGUGUUUACCGGAAACUUCUCCAACUACCAGGUGGUAGAGAAAAGACAGACGGUCGUUCUGUGGGAGAAAUUUCUAUUCUGGCUCAGAUGCUGGUUUGACUGUAGCAGUUU